AUGGAUCUCUGGAGUAAAAAAGUCUGGGGAAUUAUCACGCAGGUCACCCUGAUACUUGUCAGCUCGUAUGGGGCGACACAUGGAGAGGUGUGUCACAGUCCUCUGGUACCCACUCUGCUGCCGUCGUCCUUCAGAAGCUCCUCACAGCUGUCGGGCAGCCACGGGCCGGGCUUCGCUAAGCUCAACCGCAGGGAAGGAGCUGGAGGUUGGUCUCCUCUGAGUUCAGACAGAUAUCAGUGGUUGGAGGUCGACCUGGGCGAGCGGACACAAAUCACUGCCGUUGCUACACAGGGUCGCUAUGGCAGCUCUGAUUGGCUGACGGCCUACCUGCUGAUGUUCAGCGACACGGGACACAACUGGAAACAGUAUCGGCAGGAGGACAGUAUAGGGGCUUUUCCAGGUAACAGUAAUGCAGACAGUGUGGUCCAGCACAAGCUCCAGCAUCCGGUGAUCUCCCGCUACGUCCAUCUCAUCCCUCUGGACUGGAACCAUAACGGUCGGAUUGGACUCAGAUUGGAGACCUACGGAUGUUCUUACAACUCUGACGUGGUGAGCCUCGACGGCCGCAGCAGCCUUCUCUUCAGGUUGAGUCCCAGGCCAAGGCAGAUGACCAGGGAGAGCAUCUCUCUGACAUUUAAAACCCUGAGGAACUCUGGGAUACUUCUUCACGCUGAGGGACAGAGCGAGCACAGCCUCGUCCUCGAGUUAGAGAAAGGAAAGCUUCUGCUGCUCCUCCGAAAAGGCCGGAGUUCUCCCGACAGCCAGCACCUGGUGUCUCUGGGCAGCCUGUUAGACGACCAACACUGGCACCACGUCGCCGUCGAGCAUCACAGCACUCACCUCAACCUCACCGUGGACAAGAGCACACUGUGGGUGCAGAUCCCACCGAGACUCACCCACUGGGACCAUGACCAGAUGAGUGUGGGAGCAGACUUGACCCUCGGCUCUCGGAGGUCAGUCGGGUUUAACAGAAAUUUCCACGGCUGUUUGGAAAACUUGGUUUACAACGGCGUGAACAUGGUGGACCUCGCUAAGAAGAAAGACCAGCGGGUCACUGUGAAGGGCAAUGUGACCUUUUCUUGUGCUGAACCCGUUUUUGUUGCCAUGACGUUCACCAGCCCUCAGAGCUUCCUCCGGUUGCCAGGGGUGACGGAAGCGUCAUCGUUGGGCACGUCGGUGGGGCUUCAGUUUCGGACGUGGAACAAGGCGGGGCUGCUGCUGACCUUCGACCUCCCGGAGCAAGAGGGUUCGGUGUGGCUGUUUCUGAGCAAAGCCAGGCUCCACCUGCAGAUCCACAAGUCUGGCAGGGCGCCGCUGGAGCUCAACGCAGGCUCAGCUCUGAAUGACGGUCAGUGGCACUCUGUGGAGCUCAUCUCCAGACGAGGACAUCUGUCUGUCUCCGUGGACGGAGGUGACGGAGCCACAGCUCACGCCAGUCCUCCGUUUCUUAUUACCACCGGGGGUCAACUUUUCUUCGGUGGUUGCCCCGCUGACGGGAGCAGCCACGAGUGUAUGAACCCCUACAAGGCUUUCCAGGGCUGCAUGCGCCUGCUGACGGUGCACAACCAGCCGGUGGACUUGAUCCCGGUGCAGCAAAGGCUCAUGGGAAACUACAGUCACCUGCAGAUUGACAUGUGUGGCAUCAUCGACAGGUGUUCUCAGAGUCACUGUGAACAUGGAGGCAGCUGCAGUCAAUCAUGGAGCACCUUCCACUGCAACUGCUCCGGCACCGGCUACAGCGGAGCCACCUGUCACAGCUCGAUACACGAGCAGUCCUGUGAGGAAUACAAACACCAAGGCAACACGUCGGGCUAUUAUUACAUCGACGUGGACGGCAGCGGACCCAUCAGGCCACAGCUGAUGUUCUGCAACAUGACAGAGGACAAAACCUGGAUGGUGAUCCAGCACAACAACACGGAUCUGACGAGAGUCCGAGCGUUGCCGGGGAAGAACCAGCACUCGGCCCACUUUGAAUACGCGUCCGAGGAGGAGCAGCUGGCCGCCGUCGUUAGCCAAUCAGAGCACUGCGAGCAGGAACUGACCUACCACUGCAGGAAGUCACGCCUCCUCAACACACCGGACGGCCCUCUGCUCAGCUGGUGGGUUGGAGGCCCAGGUGGAGGACAGGUGCAGACUUAUUGGGGUGGAGCUCCACCAGGAAGCCAGCAGUGCUCCUGUGGCCAGAUGGAGAACUGUGUGGACCCCAGACACUACUGCAACUGUGACGCUGACCGCACUGAAUGGGCGAAUGACUCGGGCCUGCUGACCCAUAAGGAGACGCUCCCUGUCAGAUCUCUGGUGCUGGGCGACAUCCAGAGGCCCGGCUCAGAGAGCGCCUACAGGGUCGGGCCUCUCCGUUGUCAUGGAGACAAAAACGUCUGGAACGCUGCUUUUUUCGACAAGGAGACGUCGUACCUCCACUUUCCCACAUUCCACGGAGAGCUGAGCGCAGACAUCUCAUUCCUGUUUAAGACCACUUCAUCCUCCGGCGUCUUCCUGGAAAACUUGGGCAUCAAAGACUUCAUUCGGAUUGAACUCGGCUGCGGCACGGCCUCCAGGCAGAGGGGCUUUCGUGGUUGUAUUCGCUCUCUGCAGCUGAACGGCGUCACCCUGGACCUGGAGGAGAGAGCCAGGAUCACUCCGGGGGUUCAGGCUGGAUGUCCGGGUCACUGCAGCAGCUAUGGAUCUCUCUGCCAGAACCAGGGUCGCUGUGUGGAGAGGCCCAACAGCUUCUCCUGCGACUGUGGCUCGUCUGCUUUCACUGGAGCCUUCUGCGACAGAGAGGUUUCAGCCAGCUUCAAGUCGGGAACAUCUGUCAGCUACACCUUCAAGGAGCCGGCGUUGAACGAGCCGAACAGGAGCAGCAGCAGCUCCCCGUCCUCCUCCGUCCACUUGGACUUGACCCUGAGAGCAGAAAACGUCUCCCUGAGCUUCAGGACCAGCCAGAGUCCAGCUCUGCUCCUCUACGUGGGCUCCGACCACAGAGAGUACCUGGCUCUGCUGCUCAACAAGCACGACAUGCUGGAGGUGAGAUACAGACUGGACAGCAGCAAGGAUGCUGAGAUCCUGAGGAGCAAAGUUAGAAACCUCGCCAACGGACAGCUUCACGCUGUCGUCAUCAGCAGACUGGCAGACGCCGUCUCUCUGCAGGUUGACCAGAAGACCAAAGAGGACUUCAAUCUGACAUCUGAUGUAGAAUUCAAUGGCCUCAGGUCGCUGGUUCUCGGCAGGCUGCACGAAUCUGGUGACUUGGAUCCGGAGCUGUCUCGGCUUGCCUCUCUGGGUUUCACCGGCUGUCUGUCCGGCGUCCUCUUUAACUCCGUCAGCCCUCUGAAAGCUGCUCUGCUCCACCCAGACACCAGCCCUUUGGUCAUUACCGGCCCACUGGUCCAGUCCAUUUGUGGCUCCACUUCAGCCAAUCCCUACGCAGCAGAAACAACGCACCACCUAUCAGGCCAGUCUGGAUCAGUGGGAACGGGUCAGCCUGUGGUGAAUGCCAUCAGGAGUGACUCCGCUCUAAUUGGAGGUGUGAUAGCGUUGGUGAUCUUUGUGGCGGUGUCUGCGUUAGCCGUAAUGGCCCGAGUCCUCUACAGGAGGAAAGGGACGUUUCAGAGCCGGAACGUUAAAACAGCGAAGCCCGAAGACGGUCCUGCUGAGCUGGCCUUCAGCAGCCAGACCAGCUCACAGAACGGUCCAAAGGACAACCAGAGGGAAUAUUUUAUUUAG